GAGGAGAGGACGUCAUGUUCACGAAACGAAACUUAAGUUUCAUGAAAAGCAAAGCCACCCGACGAGGAAGCAGUCGCUCUCUUUCAGGAGAAAAAUAAGUCGCAUUUCGGAACAGAUUGUCUUGCAGAAAGAAAUAACAACAAGGAAUGGCCUCGGCUAACACUUGCUGGUCUGUAGAGAACUUUUCCUGUCCCAUCUGUCUGGAUGUGUUCAGCAGCCCAGUUACCACACCAUGUGGACACAACUUCUGCAGAACCUGUAUUACAAAGUUCUGGGAUGAACAAGUGAAGUUCAAAUGUCCUGUUUGCAACAAGAUCUUUGACAAAAGACCUGAUGUACACGUCAAUAUCCUCUUAUCAGAGCUGGCUGCUCAGUUUAGAACGUGCGUAAGAGUAAAAGACCAGCCUUGUGUUGAAUCAGCAGAAGUUCCCUGUGACGUCUGUACUGGGACCCAGCUGAAGGCCGUGAAGUCCUGCCUAGUGUGUCUUAUCUCUUACUGCCAAACCCACCUGGAGCCACAUCAGAGAGUCGUUGGCCUGAAGAAACAUCGGCUGGUCGAGCCUAUGGACAGUCUGGAAGACAGGAUGUGUAAGAUACACACCCGACUUUUGGAACUCUUCUGUCAGACUGAACAGGUGUGUGUGUGUCAGUUCUGCACAGAAACAGACCACAAGUCCCAUCCUGUUGUACCUCUAACGGAGGAAUAUGAAGCUAAGAGGGCCAAGCUGGGAAAAAUAGAGAUUGAAGUUCCACAGAUGAUCCAGGAGAGAAAACUAAAGAUUAAGGAGAUCAGAGACACAGUAGAAAUUAACAAGAAAGACGCAGACAGAGAGAUUGCCGAUGGUGGGAAGGUCCUCACUGCUUUGAUAUGCUGUGUUGAAAAGUGCCGGGAUGAUUUCAACCAAACGGUUAAAGAGAAACUGAAAUCCACAGUGAAACAAGCUGAAGACCUCAUCAAAGAGCUGGAGCAGGAAAUAGAAGAUCAGGGGCCGUAUUCACAAAGCAUUUUAUCUUACCGCUAGGAGUGCUCCUAACUCGCGCUAAAACAUUUUACGUAGGAGUUUUUCUUAAAAGUUAUUCACAAAGCCGCUGAGACCUACUCUUACUAAGGAUAAAUCACAAAGAGUGAACUAAGAGUGACGCGCCGUUGCUAUGGAUUACGUCAAUUCUCGUGCACGAGUUUAGAAGCGGUCAGUUCGGUGAUUGGUUGUUCAGACGAGCCCACUGAAUCACCGAAAAACAAGGAAAUAGCCUAGGCUAGAAAUGAAUUCCUAUUACAUAAGUAGUUAUAGUGCAGUUAGCAGAAUACACGCAUGAUGACAAUUUUGUGCAGACCACGAUAAUGACGUUGUAGCCUGCACGUUCAAGAGAGAGAAA